AUGGAUUCUCCGGACGAAAGCAGCGCUGCCGUGAGGCCAGGGCGGGGGAGACCCCCAUCCCAACCGCUAACUGUGGAAGACUACGAUCGCAUCAAGGAAGAAAUUCUCGACUUAUACCAUCUAGACGGAAAAACGAUGGAAGAAAUAGUUUCCAUUUUGAAAGAGGAUGAGUUGGCACUUAACAUUCCUGUCGCACAACUUAAACACCUAUUGAGUUCCUGGGGCGCGGGCGGUCGAGAUCAGAGGCGUCUUACUCUGCACGAGUGCGAGUAUGUACGAUAUGUAAGAACGAAGCGACACCGGGAGGGACAGCCUAGUCGCUUCUUUCUUGACGAUGUUCCACUCAGCGAAAGGACGAUUGAUUGGGAAAUAAAUCUCCAGCACUUGUUUAUGAAUAAGAAUUUUGAGGAGAUUGAAGCGCCGCGAAGACCAAAAUCGAUCAGGGUCGAACCACCGUCCUCGCUCCCUGAUCCUCAGUUUGUCGACGGAGGACAAGUAUCGGAUACCAUUUUCGACAAUGACACACUCAUGAACCUUGACGAUGUUGAUAAAACAACGAACCCAAUUCACAAUGCAGACUACCGGGCUUCGGCUCCAGCGAAACAAACGGAGGUGUUAGGGGAAUACCGCAUUUUAAAAUUUACUGAUACUCUCGCCUAUGCCAAGGACCGGCUCUCUUCCCAACCAAAUAUCUAUGAUAAGUUUCUUGAGAUUUUACAACUUUAUCAGAAGGACAACGGGUCAAUCGAGAAUGUACAAGAUUUGCAGAAAGAACUUGACCAAUUAUUCGCUACUGACCCUGAUCUGCAAGGGGAUUUCAAGUCAUUUAUAUUGUCGAAGGUCCAUCGCCCUAGGGUAGUGGUAGGCGAAGCACGGCCUCAAGUAGAAGAGGUCACUGCAACGGAGGAACUUGCGGGCAAAUGGGGCUUCUCUGAUAUCAAGGACGAAGGCAUAUCGUCUCUGGUGGACGCUCCCAAGGUUGAGCAUGGGUCUGCUAUGAACGGGCCUCCACGAAAUGAAGGUGAGGUUUUACACACGGAACCCCCACAGGCUACAGAUUCUGGAUAUGCAUCGAUGACACACUACGAUUGUGGAGAACCAGAAACAACCGAACCGAAUGUAUAUGAAUGUCUGUCUACGUCGAUAGUCUCACUAUCAAUUGAGGAUGCCCUAGACUUCGAUGAUACCGAAACGGUUUACUCUGACACGUCAAGUGUCGCCACCUCAACGAAGCAGCUCUAUAUAUCCGAGUUAGCCGAUGCAUUGUUCCGCGAAGCCUGCCCAGAUCAGCCUUGUAAUGAGGCCCUGGAAAGAAUUUCGAGAGACCUUCCGGAUCUGCUCAAAGCCUUUGCUCUCAAAAUUGGAUGCAACGCACCUAGUCAGAUGCACCGUGAUGUGAUGUUUUUCGUCCAUAAAAAUCGGGGCGACGUGGUCGAGAAUUUCAGACAAAGGUGGUCUUAUGAAGUAACGGAGAAUCAAAUCCCAGUUGAAACGCCGAAUGAUGAUAACAUGGCAUUGAAUGAAAAGAUGAAUAUUUGGUUUAGGAGCUCGGAAUCCGAAUAUGUUCCCAUACCCAACCAGGAUCUCUUCGAUAUACAAGAAGAAGAUGAAGAUGAAGUCGAAUUUGAGAACGAUGACUUGAAUGACCAUUCUACCCUUGCUUAUCGGGAAUUUAUCUUCAAGUCCCCUGCAUUUGAUUGGCUUGUAGGGAGUUUACGAAGAGAUAGGUUUCUUAUUCCAACUGAGCCAAACUCUAUGGAAGCUAUUGCGCGGCAUAUCAUUGGGUCUCUACCAUCGUCCCGCAAAAUUAGCAAAGGAAGAUCUGCAGAAGCCUUCAAAGUUACUUUUACGAUGGAUUGGAAACCAUUAAUAUUUGUUGAAGAACAAGAAUACCAAGACGAACCAGGCGAGGCUAUCGAGAGAGCCAUCACAAUAACAGGGACUAAAAAAGACGCCCAAGCACUCACCUGUGCAGAAUAUCUAUCUCAAACAUGGCCAGCAACCGGUAAACGCAUUCUAGAACUAGUUAAAGAUGUGAUCCGUGGUACCUUCCUGGACAACGCUGAGCUCACGAUAUCCCUUCAGAGAUCGUCAGAGCUUGCGGCUGAGGCAUUUGGGACGGCUCAUUCUAUAGCGGAAAUAGGCCAACAGCUAGCUUGGCUAGGUACCGCUCUUCGCUCCUCUUCUUGUGAUAUCGGAGUUGUUGCUUGCAUACCCUCGAUUUCCAAUAUCCGCACCCUUGUUCCUCAGGGUAGUAUCUCGUACAGACUUGGUUUUACAGUCGAAGAGGAAACUAUCCCUCUGUCGAAUGGCCAAUGUUGGCACAGCAUGUUCAGGAAUCCGGUCGUUGUCGCAGGAUAUCCGAUACCACGAAGGCCGACUAUCGGUACUGGGCUUGAACUACCGCUUAAUAUGAUCGCUGGGCUUGCUAAAACAAAAUACAUACAACCUUUCAACGGGGGAUUCUUCAUAAAAGGAUUUUCAACACUUCUAAUCCCGACAAAAAAGGAAGAGCCUGAGGGCAUUCUAAUCUGGCAUAUGAUAUACAAUCAAGAUGGUGAUCGCAUACCCUAUCUUGAGAAUGACAUACCCAUUGCUGAAGGGCUUAAUAUUUCCGAAAUAGCAACAGCUCGACAUAUACUUGGUUGGUGUUCGAAAGCUGAAUACUACGCUGGAGCAAAAGAAGCCAGGUACGAUAUAAAAGGGUCCAGGCUUCCAAAACCUCGAGGGAUCCACUACGCUCUCGAAAAGGUCUACAUACAGGGGAGACAAAUAAUUAAAGGUGGCUCCCCGCGGCCGUUCGCACUCGGCAAAAAGGAUAUCGCAUUUCAUAUUUCGCGAGAAAAUCCUGUGAAGCGGCUCGAGUGGAUCGACAGGAAGUUUUUCAUUCUGUGGGACGAGGAAGAUAAACGGGGCUGGCUUGUCAACGGGUGCGGUACUCUCUUACAUCUCUUACGCACAUCCUUAGAGAGCAACGGCGAUAGUACCAACAAAUUCCACUUCAAGUUCCAUUUCGAGAAGGGACGCAUGGAAGAAGCAUCUUUGACACACAAAAUAGACUCCGCUGUACAGUUCCUUUUGAAUGACAACAAUCUGCAGCAAGAAAUAUACCGUACGAAAGACGGAAAUUUCCGUGUCGAAGAUCGGCUUGACGAUUUAUACGACGUCCUAGAGAAAAUAAUAGAACACCAAAUUCAUAUUACUGAACGGGUCGGCUCAAACGACAAAGAAUACCUCGAAGGAUGGGAUUUUAAUGAGUUAGCGACGUGCGAGGACCCACUAUAUCCUCGUGUGUCUAUAUUUAAAAAACCAAGUGGGGGUUGGAUCGAUUUCGCCAGGACAAUACGUGCGGUAACUCUAUUUGGGCGCGGAUUUGGCGAAAUUAUCUUGCCGGAAAACACACUUUGCAGCCAAUGGGCUACACUGCCGAAAGAGGAGUAUUAUCUUGCGGCGGCGGUCGACGACCUUCAAGAAAUUAUGAAAAAGGAGGGUGAUCAAUAUGCAAAUCCUAUGAGACUGGCUGACGAAAUUAUCUGGCAUACACCUAGGGCCAGCUUCGAGAAAUGCAAAUGCCAGAAGAAGAAAUAUAAGCUCAAGGGGAAACAUUCCGAUUUUGUCCAGGCCGCUAUACCUGCAAAACUUUGCAAUAUGCUACCUAAUAAAGAUCCGGUGCAAUUACAGAAAGGUGGUAGUGCCGUGAUCUUCGGAAAUAGUAAAAAACUGAACAGGGUCUGGGAGAUUCUACUCCCGCGAACAGACGAGGAAAGCCUGCCAGAUUUGGAUUUUAUUAGGUCUACAUCUUCCGAAGAACCUCCCAGCAGUCCGUCUCGCGAUAGCGGAUUGGGGUCGAGCUUAAACACGAUCUUCACCUACACUUUGAGCCUCACCUGCAGGGAUUAUAGAGUUGGAAUAGUGUGUGCAUUGCCAAAAGAAUUGCUGGCAGUGCGUGCACUGUUUGAUCAGACACAUAGUCGGGAACUCUUGUCAUCUUUGGAAGGAGAUAUCAAUCAGUAUGCACUAGGUCAAAUUUACCCGCACAACGUUGUCGCUGCUUGUCUACCGUCGGGAGAGUACGGAACAAAUGCUGCUGCUAUUAUAUGUUCGCAUAUGCGAAGAAGUUUUCCAAAGUUGAAGAUCUGCCUUCUAGUUGGGAUUGGAGGCGGUGUUCCUUCGAGCGGUCUCCGACUUGGUGACGUUGUGGUUAGCCAACAGGCGAAAGGUUUUCCAGCGGUCACUCAGUACGACCUUGGUAAAUUUCUCCACGAUGGUGUAUUCGAAAUAACUGGAUAUUUGCAACGUCCUCCACAGUUCAUAAUGAUCGCAAUAAGUAAUUUAGCAUCGGAUCCUGAGCUACCUUGCCGACCUCUUGAGACGUAUCUUCAAGACAUUGCGAAGAAGCACCCAGAGUAUGGAUACCCGAACCACGAAGACCCGCUCCUCACACCCACUUGUUCGCAUGACCGAGAUUCCAGGACGGGUAUACAGUGUGGCUGCCCUGUAAUCCAAAGCCAUCCACGUCCUGGGAACCCGAGAAUUCAUUACGGUCCAAUUGGUUCUGGAAACAUACUUUUGAAAAACGCGGAGAAAAGGGAUGAGCUGGCCGCAAACCGUGGCUUUUUAUGUUUUGAGAUGGAGGCGGCUGGAGCAAUGAAUACGGGUGACUUUCUAGUCAUAAGAGGCAUUUCCGAUUACUGUGAUGCUAGCAAGAACGAUACUUGGCAAGAGUAUGCUGCUGCAACAGCGGCUGCCUAUGCGAAGCUACUCCUAUCAAAAACGACUAUUCCAAAAGACGCAGAUGCCCUAGUACCAGGCCCAGCAACCACCCAUCCAAGAAAACGGGUACCAACCCCGGAGUCUGUGAAUUCGGAUUCAAACCCAACAAAGAAGGUACGAAGAAAAAAGGAGUUAAUUAAUGGAGAUACGCAUAUAUGA